AUGUCACCUCAGGAUUUUGUUGAAGCAAACUCACUUUCUGGUCUCAACCAGCUUGCCGGAUGCCCUCCGAAGUAUCCACGAAAUCCAACCGAACAGAAGAGGGCCAACUUGGUUCUCUAUAUCGCUAGAGUACCUGGUAGUAAUGAUAUCAUUCUCACUACCUUGAAACCACAAUUGAAGAAUGUCACAUCCGAGGAUAUCGCAAGCUCUUUAUACUACUUGCAUCUAAACUCGGACGAAGAUGUCCAUCUGUUAUCCGAAGAGCAGUCGAUUCCUGCUCGGGCGCUGUCUAAAAAGACUUUACCCAGGAAACCCUUACCCGCUGGCUCUAGGGCUCAGUCCUUAGAUAUUGAUAGGCAAAGUAUAUUAAACUCAAAGCGCCAAGCACCUGCGCUAGACAUCCAACAGGAUGAUACUUGGCGACUUUUUGACUUCGUGACUCCGCGUGAUAGCCUAGCAAAUACGCCAACGGUAGCAGAAGCAGCAAAGGCAUUUUCGAUAACUAUCAUACGGCGGGAUCCAACUUCGGGUGGUCAAUGGAAUGUCGGCACAGUUGAAGGCAAAUCAAAUCCUCCCACGGUGGGGAUGGCGGCAACUAAAAAGCCUUACUAUGACAUUUCUGUACAUAUCACAACGCCAGGAUAUAACUACUUCCGCCACCACACCCACCCGACAACCAAUAUCAAGCUCGGUGGUACAACUCCAAGUCGGGGAGCACAAGGUGCUACUUCUCAACCUCCGGGAAAUGAAGGACCCACAUCAAUGACGCAAAAAGGAGGAGUCCCCGGAUCAGGUUUUCAUCGUCAGGUCUCGAUGGAAUGGGCUAGUUCAUGGAAUAAAACUUUUAGACAACAUAAAAAGGCGAUGUCUGAUUUUUCGGGAAAUCACAGCAGGAAUAACAGCGGUAGCUCGGAAGGUCCGCAUGAAUCCGAUUUGGAAAGUCGGUCCAUGGAAGGGUCCGAAAAUUCUCGCGCCAAGGGUUACACAUUUUUGAGUCCCUGGGAAGGUACCUGUACAUUCUCCACGGGGGGCGCGGGCCGGUCCUUACGCUGUCGACACAAAUUACCAGCCCCAGUAUCCGCAGAUUCUCUUGCUUCCUCGUCGACCUCGGUGACUGUGAGCGAACUUCGCUUCAAUUUACCAAGUUCGGAUUUAUUCGAUAGAGAGAAAAUGGACUUGGCUGCAGCUCAGGUCAAGAGUGGAUCGUCUAAACUCACACGAAAACUAGGAAGCUUCCGCAAGAGACUAUCUAAACCUAACCCUCAGCGUCCAUCUGAAACUCAGCCGCAUCAAACGUCUCAUACUACGCCAUAUGCAAGUAAUGGAGAAGAAGUUUUCUCGCUACCACCAAGACCUUCCUCGAUCAGCUCGUCAUAUGAAGAAGAUUCUCCGCCCCUGCCACAAAGAUUACAUAACUUUUUAGACGAGCUGACAAUAUCGAACGAUAAUGAUGAUCGAUUGGACCUUAGUAUUGGACAGGAGAAAGCCGGUGGUGGAAAUAGAGGCAAACGAGCAAAACUGGGAAAAUUAAUUAUUCAUGACGAGGGCUUGAAGAUGUUAGAUCUCGUCGUAGCGGCCAAUAUUGGCGUCUGGUGGACUGUCUGGAAUCCCAACUAA